AUGAUUGGCUCUGUUGGUUUCACCGUCCCGGCUGCUGUGUGGUUGUAUGGCCAAGGUCCUAAAAAGGGUAGUCACGGCCACGAAGAGACUCACGAGGAGAGCCACGGAGAAGGCGAGGAGGAAGGCCAUGAACCCAACGAGGACAAGGAGCAACACGAGGCGGCAUCUGAUACCAAGGACGCCGAUCAACCUAACUCUGAAAAGGAAUACGUGGGCGAGGGAGAGCCACAACAGGAAGAGAAGCAGCAAGCUGAAUCCGAUUCGGACGAGAGCAAGGAUGCCUCCUCUGACCAAGGUUCUGACGACUCCGCUGAUGAGAAGACGGAGCAGAAAGACGACAGUGGUAAAGAGGAGAAGCAGGAAGCUGGAGAUAGCGAAAAGAAGGACGAUAGCAAGGAGGACGACAAGAAGGCAGAUGAGAAGACGUCAGACGACAAGAAGUCGGAUGACAAGAAAUCAGCCGGUAAACCUCGAUUGUCAGAAGAUGGGUAUGAGCUACCUGGUCCUAAUGCUCCAGGCCAAAUUAAUUAUAAAAGCGGUACAGGUAAGGGUCCAGGGGAGCAGCAGCAACAGGUCGGCGGUCGACCUCAGCAGGAGACUAAGGGACAGAAGGACUCCCAAAGCCAGCAAUCAGGCGCCCAGAACCCAUACCUUGACGACCACGAAAAGGGCAAGAAAGGUGAAGGUCUCAAGGAGACCGCCAGGAUUCACGGAACCGUCGAUUCCAACCGACCAUUGGGUUGA